CAAAGAGUGGGAUGACCAUCUGGUUGAGCUCCGUGCACAAGCGCGUGCACACAACCCUCUCCCACAACACUCAGACAUCUCUGUGAGUUUUUACAGCGGCUGUUGCUGUGCUGACAGCUCUGGUGAAGACAGCUGAGAUUAGAGCUGGAGAUCAGCUGUAAAUGUGGAGCUCAGAGCCUGGAGAGGAACAUAGGACCAGAUCCAGCGGUGAUAAGGUCCUUUUUCCCCAGUUUGUUUCAGUAGAGGUGGCUCACACUGAGUGAAAAAAGAAUCUGAUGAGCUUGGCGAGUGCGGCGGCCGGCUUCCAGGGUGGAGCACGCCAACGGGACGUUAUGAUGGAGCAGAAAGUCAGCAAGCUGGCCUUCCAGCGAAGCUCCACCUCUGAUGACGACUCGGGCUGCGCCCUGGAGGAGUACACCUGGGUGCCACCUGGACUUAGACCAGACCAGGUCCAGUUGUACUUCUCCUGUCUGCCUGAGGAUAAGAUCCCCUACGUGAACAGUCCAGGAGAGAAGUUCAGAAUCACACAACUCCUCUAUCAGCUGCCACCACAUGAUAAUGAGGUGCGCUAUUGCCAGUCCCUUAGUGAAGAGGAGAAGAAGGAGCUCCACAUGUUCAGUGCCCAAAGGAAGAAGGAGGCGCUGGGAAGGGGAGCUGUGAAACUACUGCCCCGCAGUCAUCUGAACACUGUUUGUGAGCAUUGCAGUGAAAAAGUCAACGGGGGAGAAAUGGUGGUCUUCGUCUCCAGGGCAGGUCCUGGGGUGAGCUGGCACCCUGCAUGCUUCACUUGCUCCACUUGUAAUGAAGUACUGGUAGAUCUGAUUUACUUCUACCAUGAUGGAAAGAUCCACUGUGGAAGACACCACGCUGAGCUUCUCAAACCUCGCUGCUCAGCCUGCGAUGAGAUUAUCUUUGCUGAUGAGUGCACAGAGGCUGAGGGCCGCCACUGGCACAUGAAACACUUCUCCUGUUUUGAGUGCGAGACGAUUCUUGGGGGCCAGCGUUAUAUCAUGAAAGACGGCAGAGCGUACUGUUGUGGCUGCUUUGAGUCUCUCUAUGCAGAGUACUGUGAAGCCUGUGGAGAGCACAUUGGUGUGGAUCAUGCUCAGAUGACCUAUGAUGGACUCCAUUGGCAUGCCACCGAGACCUGCUUCAGCUGUGUUCAGUGUAAGAGCUCUCUUCUGGGCUGUCCUUUCCUGCCACACCAGGGCCGCAUUUACUGCUCCAAAGCAUGCAGCCUUGGGGAAGAUGUUCAUGCCUCCGAUUCCUCUGACUCUGCUUUCCAGUCAGCACGCUCAAGAGAGUCUCGUCGCAGUGUGCGCGUGGGCAAGAGUAGCCGUUCUGCUGACCAGUGCCGCCAGUCCCUACUUUUUUCCCCCGCUAUUAACUACAAGUUUCCUGGCUUGACUGGAAAUGCUGAAGACACCCUAACCAACAAACUAGCACACAUGACUUUAUCUGAUGAGCACUUCUGGAGGGGACGUCCUGAUGAGACAGAAGCACCUGAGGACCAAGAGGAGGAAUGGGCAGAGCAUGAAGACUACAUGACUCAGCUACUGCUGAAGUUUGGAGAACACGGAUUAUUCCAGCAAGCCAGUGAUUCGAGACCUACAGACUUCUGGUUGCCUGAAAGGGAUGUGAAGGCAAAGCAGGAGCCCUCAAAAAGUGCCGGAGGCAGUUCUGGAGGAAGGGGGAGCUUGGCAAGUAAGAAAUACCAAGCUGACAUGUACUGGACGCAGUCCCAAGAUGGACUAGGUGACUCAGCCUAUGGAAGUCACCCUGGACCUGCAAGCAGCAGAAAGAUCCAGGAGCUGGAGCUUGAUCACGGUGCUGGAGGAGGCUUCCAGGGAGAGGAACAGCAAUGGUACAAUGACUCCUUGGAGUGUAUCAGUGAUGAGUUCAAAAAGACAGAGCAGAGUGUCCGAGACUCCAUGGACUCACUGGCUCUUUCCAAUAUUACUGGGGCCUCAGUUGAUGGUGAUGGUAAAGACAGGUCAUUGGUAUAUUCCUUGCAAGGCUACCAUGAACUGGAGACGGAGGACUGUGAAAAAACCAGCAAUAUGGGUACUCUGAACUCUUCAGUGUUACACAGAAGUACAAACUCUCUCAAAAGUCUUGUUUCUGAGCAGGAUGGGGAGGUAGAGGAGAAUCUUCCAGAGGAAGCUGCGGAAGACAAACCCAAACCUCAUGUCCCUGCUCUCAGAAGGGCACGUUCACAAACUAGGAAUCAGCAAGUGAAAUUUUCUGAUGACGUGGUGGACAAUGGUCAUUAUGGUCACUCCCAAGUACGUCAGCCCCCUAUGAGUGAACGAACUCGAAGGCGAGUGUACCACUUUGACGAGCGCACCCAGGAAAUUCACCCUGGUAGUCACCAACACCACCACCAUCAUCACCACAGGAGGCACCAUAGUCGCAAAUCUCGGUCUGACAAUGCGCUUAACCUGCUGCCAAAGGAACGGGCCCAUAUGGACUACAGGGUGGAACAGAGAAGAAAUGGGUCUGGACCCAAGGGGCGUCAAGCCUUUCAUGGCCACCACAAUCCUGCUUCAAUAUCUGAAUACAACAUGCAAAACACAGCCACAGGAAAGUUUUUAAGGCUGUAUGGGGAUGACGAUGACUGGUGCUCCACGUGCUCUUCUUCUUCCUCUGAUUCUGAUGAGGAAGGCUUCUUCCUGGGUCAGCCCAUCCCUCAGCCUAGGCCCCACAGACACUACUAUAAUGACGACUUGCCAAACCCCGUAGGAGGCAUACCCUCUCCUCCUUAUGGCCCAAGGACUAAGUCCAGAAAGAAGAAAGGGCAUAAGGAGAAAAACUGUAUUAUUUCAUAGAUUGCUAAUGCAGUUAUAAUCAGCUUUAGGUUAAUUCUCUGCCGCUCACCUCUGCCUCUUAUUUCCACUGUGCAAAAUGUCACAUCACUCUGUUUGAGACUGUUUCACAGCACUCAAUUUACAAAGUUGUUUGUGUAAGACACAAGUCCAGUUUUCCCCGCGGCCCAAUCCAGGAUAAGCAGUUGAUAAGCAGUUGUUAAUUCUUCAUAGAUGUAUUCUCAUGUAGAAUUAUAAACUGCCAGUAAAGUUACUAAGUAUUUCAGUGUUAUGGAUAUUUAUGAAACAUCACCUAGACUGAGAUUAUUUAACAUUACUGAUAUGAAUGUAUAUAUUGUAGAGUUUAAAACAAAAUGGCUAUUUUUGUAUGUUUGAGUUUACAUUCAUUGUACUAAAAUGGCAUCAAGAUGAACCUAUGAAUGGUUGUUAGAGCUAUUUUUGUGAGUGUCAGAAAUCUAGUAAGAGAUGUGCCAUGACUGAAGCUCCGUAUUUCUUCCUUUUUGCGCAGCGCUAACAGAAACACAGUGUUAAAAGGCCUGGUUGAUUGGUGUAUUUAUGGAUCAUAAUGUACUGCAAGCGUAUCAUUGUAAUCUGUAAAAAUGCACAGACUGGAAUAUACGGCUGAGACAGUUAACAGUUCUAAUAAAUGUCUACAUAUAUCAUCAACCAA